UGGGAAGCUUUCGGCAAAAGGUAACAGGUUUCGCUCCGGCAGUACCGACCUGUGACAUCGGUAUUUGGAGAGACACAUCUGCGUAAUUACGCCGGUCUCCUCUCUGCACGUCCGUCUGCCUGACCUGAAGAAGGUUCAUGUCUUUCCUUUCUCCUGCCUGAACUUUCCAGUGCCAUGUCUCUGCCACGCACACUUGGGGAGUUGCAGCUCUAUCGGGUGCUGCAGAGGGCAAACCUGCUGGCCUAUUAUGAAACCUUCAUCCAGCAGGGCGGUGACGACGUGCAGCAGCUCUGUGAGGCAGCAGAGGAGGAGUUUCUGGAGAUCAUGGCACUAGUUGGCAUGGCCACCAAGCCACUGCAUGUGCGUAGGCUGCAAAAGGCUCUCCGAGACUGGGCGGCGAACCCUGCCCUCUUCAGCCAGCCCGUCUCCAACGUCCCUCUGGGAGGCAUCCCACUGUUCAAAGUUGACGGGACAGGCACAAGUGGAUCAGCAGGCGGGCCCAGGAAGUCUGUGAGCAAUGGGCACCCAGGGUCACCCAGUGAAAGGGAGGAUCGGGCAUGUCUUACUCCAAUGCACAGUGGCAGUCCAAGAAGCCCCUGCUCCCAGGCCUCCCCACAGCCACCAGACACACACUACAGGGAAAAACUGUCACCCAUGGACCCACACUGGCUCAGCCCGGAGCCAGAUGGGAACUGCACUUUGGCUUCUGCAUCUGGAAUAGACGAGGAGCCGCCCAGCCCACCUAUGCUCUCAACGUGUCCUCCUGGUCCCUCCACAUCUCCGAGCCCCUCUGCUUCUUUUGCCCCAGCUGCCCUGUCGGCCUGGCCCGGAGGACAGCUGGACGGGGAAACGGCGAGGGCAGUGGUGGAGAGCGUGGAAAGGCUCCUCAGGACCCUGCCCAGGUCAGAUCCUGCGGAGGUGAAGACUUUGCUGAGGAUGAACAAGAAGAUGGCAAAAACUGUGGGGCACAUCUUCAAAAUGGGGUCCCAGGAUGUGAACAAGGAAGAGGAGAUCCGAAAGUACAGUCUCAUUUAUGGACGCUUUGACUCCAAGAGGAGGGAAGGCAAGCAGCUCACACAUCAUGAGUUGAUCAUCAAUGAAGCUGCAGCCCAGUUCUGUAUGCGUGACAAUGCCCUUUUGCUGAGACGGGUGGAGCUCUUUUCUUUGGCCCGGCAGGUGGCGAGAAAAUGUGCCUACACCUCCACACUAAAGCACGCAAGGACAAAUGCAGAUGAGAACAGUGUGGUGUCCCAGAAGAGAGCGAGACAUGAGAUAAUUCUGCCUGAGAGUGUGUCAUCGCUUCUCGGAGUGGAGAGCUCAGAGGGUUUGACCCAGAGGGCAGACGACGACAGCUUAUCUGCAGAAAGCCUCGACAGUGUAUCGCAUGACACGGGCUCACAGUGCAACCAGUCUCCUUCCCCCCGUCCCCACUCCGACACCUCCAACCCUGCCAACUGGAGUCGCCACCUCAUACAGCAAACGCUAAUGGACGAAGGGCUGCGAUUGGCUCGGAUGGUGUCACACGAUCAGGCUGGCAAGAUCAGCCUAGGGUCAGAAGGAACUCACUCUACAGACCAUGACAUUAAAGUGGAGAGGCGCAGCUCGAUAACAGCGUGCAGGAGCAGUAGCCCUUGCAUCACCAAAGAUGACUCCAACCACCGGGGGAAAUGAAAGUGCUCUGAGGUUAUCAGGGAACUCGUUGUGCUCAGACCUACCACUGAACUCCAGUCAAAGUCUGCUGUUACUGAGCAGGUUUUUCCACGUGUACUUCACUGACAUCAUGAGCAUCUGAUUGUGAGAAGACCACAAAAUCAGUACAGUUGAUGUCAGAAUUUACCAGCGACUGAAAUCACAAAACUGCAGUGACUUCUUGCUGAAGUUGUGGAUCAAGUUAAAAAAUGUUCUGUUUUGACUUUAUAUUCGGUAAAUAUGUAGGGGAGACACUUUUCAUUUUAUUUUUAAAACACAUGCAGAGUUUAGUAAAAAAAUUUUAAAAAGUAAAAUAAAAUUAAGUGAUUUUAUCAGGGAAAAACCUGAUAUUUGUGUUUAAUUAAUAAAUCUAUUGUGAGCAGUGCUGUGUUGAAAAGAAGCCACCUGUUUCAGAAGAGGCUUGACACAGCAGGGGGCACUGCAACUUUGGAAAUGGACUUUCUUAACUUAAUCCAGCCUGAUUGACAAACUAGUUCUGUAGAGGGAAUUUGUUUGUUUUUUUCUCUCUCUCUUUUUUUUUAUAAGGACAUUUUUAUUAAUUUAACAUUUUCAGCAAGUACAAGAGUAUGAUAACAUUAUCUGCAGUUCAUCACCCUCAGGAAACAAGUUCUGGUUUCUGACAGAAGUCAGUGUAGUAGUCUGGAGAUUAAGUCAGGCGUGAAUGAAAUUCCUUGACAUUCAAAGACAGUCUACUUACAUGAAGUAGGAAAACAAUGAGCGUUUGUGGAAUAAAUUGAUCUAAUCUCGCAGAGCACAAACACAAAUGCAGCUGUCAGGCUCAGAGGCCUUUUGUCCUUCGCUGCAUCAUCUAACCAGCCGUCAGAUCUGAACAGGCAUGCUGAGGUCCAUGAGAUAUGAAGCCACCAGUCUUCAUCAUUUACUCCCUCACAUCUUUCUUUAAUAAUAUUUGUUGCACAAAUGGCUGAUAUGGUGUUUGUAAGAGAUAAUGCUUCUGGCAUUUUAUUAUUUUCAAUCGUGAAAAUGUGCUCAGAUCACAUUUUCUAAACUCACUGGCAUGAAAUAGGAAUACAGACAACUUUAUUGAUUUCCAGUCGAGAGUUGAUUUUUUCAGUUGCUCUUGCUGCAGUGAAAUCAGGUUUCAGACUCACUGAGCAGCAGGACUCAGUGUCUUGCUUGAGGGCAUUUAAGCAGGGAGGGUGUUCUCUUACUUUGGGGCUUUGACAUCAGCUCCUCCUCCCUCUCAUCGACACGUUCAAGUUGUGCCCAGUAGGUGCCAUUGUACAGCCUUUUGAUUAGACUGCAUUCAGAACUGCAUCACCAGAUUUAGGGAAUAAAAAGGUUAAAAACAACAUGAACCACAGCAUUUUCCAAAAGAGUGGUGAUUAGUGUAGAUUUUUGAUGCAAUUUUUUUUUUUAGGGUGUAGCAGAAAAACGUGGGCUGUAGCGGUGUGUCUUUGGGAUGAUUUCUGUAUUCUUAGAUAUUAACAAGGUGAGCCUCAUGUUAGUUUCCCUUUUUGAAAACAGUUCUUUUCACCUUUGAGACGUACAGUGAAUUAGGGUGACGAAUCUCACUUUACUUUAUAAGCUUUAGAAAAUGAAAAGAAAAACACAUGCUGAGAUUUACAGAAAGAAAUCUUAUGGUGCUUGACUUUUGAUACAGCAGCUCCUGUUAUUUAUUUCCACCUGUUGGCCCUUAUAAGGAAUUGUUGAAAUGUGAUCAAAUUUCAUGUAACGACGAGGCUCAUGUUGAUAAUUAAUGAAAAUGUUAAGAUUUUUGUACCUUUAAUCACAGAGUAUGUCAGUGAGGUAGCUUGCUGUGCAUCAGUUACACCUGCCUGUCUCUUGAGCAUUAGUAACCUCCUCAGUUUAUUAUGUUGCAAAACAGAUUAUUUAUUUUGUUACAUCUCAAUAAAUGUUAUUUUAUUGCUUAAA